AGAUACAUACUAUUAUCUUUUAGUGGGCAAAGAGCUCUCAACCAAAAAAGAAUAGAGAGCAAAUAUUACUCACAAAGGAGUGAACAAUGAGAGUUUAUUUUCUCAUUCCACUUGUUUUCACACUAUUGCUCAGUCCCACAUUUGCUACCAAAAAGUCAUAUGUAGUGUACUUGGGAGCUCACUCACAUGGAACACGUGUCACAUCUGUUGACUAUGAUACAGUGACACAGUCUCACUAUGAGUUUCUUGGAUCAUUCUUGGGAAGUAGUGAUAAGGCCAAAGAUGCAAUUUUUUAUUCUUACACGAAACACAUCAAUGGAUUCGCGGCCAAUCUUGAAGAUGAAGAAGCGUUGCAAAUAUCCAAGCAUCCGAAGGUUGUGUCGGUGUUCUUGAAUCAGGGAAGAAAACUGCACACAACCAGGUCAUGGGAUUUUCUAGGGCUCGAAGAAAAUGGUGAAAUUCGAGCGAAUUCUCUUUGGAAGAAGGCUAGAUUCGGUGAAGAUACCAUUAUCGGCAAUCUUGAUACUGGUGUGUGGCCAGAUUCCAAAAGUUUUAGUGACGAAAAUUUUGGAUCAAUCCCAUCAAAGUGGAGAGGAGUUUGCCAAAAUAAUUUUGAUGCCUCCUUCCACUGCAACAGGAAGCUGAUUGGAGCCAGAUACUUCAACAAAGGAUACAGCUCAGCAGUGGGCCCACUCAACUCCACAUUCCGCACCCCACGAGACACUGAGGGCCACGGGUCCCACACCCUAUCAACUGCCGGAGGCAACUUUGUCGCCGGAGCUAGCGUAUUUGGUUUCGGAAACGGGACGGCAAAGGGGGGGUCGCCGCGAGCAAGAGUGGCGGCAUACAAGGUGUGCUGGCCUCCCAUCGGCGGCAACGAGUGCUUCGACGCCGAUAUAUUGGCCGCCUUCGAUGUCGCCAUUCACGACGGAGUUGACGUGCUGUCGGUUUCUCUAGGGGGUGAUGCCGUCCCGUUUUACAAUGAUAGUGUUGCAAUUGGCUCGUUUCACGCGGUCCGACAUGGGGUUGUUGUGGUUUGCUCGGCCGGAAACUCGGGGCCCGGUGCUGGAACGGUAUCGAAUGUUGCGCCUUGGCAGAUCACCGUCGGGGCUAGCACUAUGGAUCGGCAGUUUCCGAGCUAUGUUGUUCUCGGAAAUAAAAUGCGUUUGAGGGGAGAAAGCCUCUCAGCUAAAUCGUUGCCGAAAAAGAAGUCGUUCCAAAUAAUCUCUGCUACAGAUGCUAAAGCUGCAAAUGCGUCUGCUGACCAAGCGUUGCUGUGCAAAGCCGGAACUCUGGAUGCUAAAAAAGUAAAGGGGAAAAUAUUGGUUUGUCUGAGGGGAGACAAUGCAAGAGUUGACAAAGGGGAGCAAGCUGCUUUAUGCGGAGCGGUCGGAAUGGUGUUAGCGAACAAUCAGAUAUCCGGUAAUGAAAUACUUGCUGAUCCACAUGUUCUCCCUGCUUCACACAUCAAUUACACUGAUGGUCUUGCUCUUUUCUCUUACAUCAAUUCGACAAGGUCUCCGAUUGCUUACAUCACCAAAGGUACGACGGAGUUGGGCACGAAGCCCGCUCCAUUUAUGGCAGCCUUUUCGUCCAACGGACCCAAUACCUUAAAUCCAGAGAUUCUCAAGCCGGAUAUUACAGCUCCGGGUGUGAGCGUUAUAGCUGCGUACACAGAGGCUCAAGGACCGACAAAUCAAGAUUUCGACACGAGAAGAGUUUUGUUCAACUCGGUAUCCGGCACUUCAAUGUCUUGCCCUCACGUUUCUGGAGUUGUCGGCCUAUUGAAGACCCUCCACCCACAUUGGAGCCCCGCAGCUAUUAAAUCCGCUAUAAUAACCACGGCAAAAACGCGCGACAACACUAUGAAGCCUUUGACAAACGCGUCCUACUCCAAAGCUACACCGUUCAACUACGGAGGAGGACACAUCCAACCUAACCGUGCAAUGGACCCCGGUUUGGUCUACGAUCUAUCCGCAAACGAUUACUUGGACUUCCUAUGCGCCCUCGGAUACAACGCCACUCAAAUCCAACAAUUCUCGAACGAAUCUCAAACGUACAAGUGUCGCGAUCCCAUUAGCCUCAUCGACUUCAACUACCCUUCGAUUACAGUUCCGAGCCUCAAAGGCACGGUGACCGUGAGUAGAAAGGUGAAGAAUGUUGGUACGCCGGGUACUUACAAAGCUCGGGUGCGAAGCCCACGUGGAAUAUCGGUCCGUGUGGAACCGAACAGUUUGAGGUUUGAAAGAGAAGGAGAGGAGAAGGGGUAUAGGGUUACUUUAAUGGCUAAAAAAAGUGGUGUGAGGGACUAUGUGUUUGGACAGUUGACUUGGUCCGAUGGUAGGCAUUAUGUAAGAAGUUCAAUUGUUGUUAAACAACUAUAGGAUUUUGACACAUUCUUUUGCCAGUUGAUGGUAGGCAUUAUUAUAUUUGAUGAGAAGUUCAAUUCAUGUUGUGCAAACAACUUAUAAAGGAAUUUAAUUACACACGCUUUUUAUCUAAUGGAAAUUCUUGCAAGUUAAGUUUUCUUAUAAGUCUAUUGGCUA